AUGGCCUCGUCGGAUCAACAAGCUGGUAGCCGCCACGGGACGCCGCUGGUGUUCGACGAGGUACGGUGGGUGGUCCAGAUCCGUCACUCUCUCCAGGACGACGACGCCGCCGCCGGCGACGACGACGAUGACAACGGCAUCCCGGUGUCCGUUUUCAACGUGCCCAAGCAGCUGCGGGUGCACAAGCCGGAGGCCUACACCCCUCAGUUCAUCGCGCUCGGCCCCUACCACCACUGGCGUCCCGAGCUGUACGAGAUGGAGCGCUACAAGCUCGCCUCGGCGCGCCGCGCGCAGAAGCGGCUCUGCGCCGGGCUCAAGCUCGACGGCCUCGUCCAGCAGUUCGCGCGCCUCGAGCGAAAGAUCCGCGCCUACUACCACCGGUACCUCGACUUCAACGGCGAGACGCUGGCGUGGAUGAUGGUCGUCGACGGCGCGUUCCUGCUCGAGUUCUUGCAGAUUUACGCCGUCGCCAUCGCCGACGACGAGGGAGACGGCGGCAGGGCGCUGAGGAGGGUGUCGUCGAGGAUGGCGCACCUCGUUGACUUCACCGGGAGGAAGUCCGCGCACAACCUCAUCCUCCGCGACAUGCUCAUGCUCGAGAACCAGGUCCCGCUCUUCCUGCUCCGCAAGAUCCUGGAGCCGCAGCACCCGUCGGUCGACGAGGCCGGCGAGACGCUCGCGCGGAUGGUCACCGGGCUCACGAAGGAGCUCUGCCCGUUCAAGAUGAUGGACAACUUCCCGGCGGUCGACGUCGGCAAGCACGCGCACCUGCUGGAGGUGCUCUACUACAUUCUCCAGCCGAAGCCGGCAGAUGACGCCACGGAGGAGGCCGACGGCGCCAACGGGACCUUCCGCGACGAGGGCUACGACAUUGAGGAGCAGGCCGCGGACGGCGGCGGCGCGGAGGAGCAGAAGCCGGCGGUCAGCUGCGAGUACAUGAAGCAGCUGUUCCACGCCGUGUGGGGCAUCGUGUCGGGCCUCAACACGGCCGGGCCCAUGCGCUACGUGACGAAGCCGAUCGAGUUUGCCAUCAAGGCGCCAUGGAAGAUGCUCGCCGUCGUGCCGGGCUUGGGGUCCUUCAUGUCAGGCGACGGGAGCAACGAUCACCGCGACGCGAGCUCAUCCGCCGCUGGGUACCUAACCCGGCCGCCGCUGAUCGAGGAGAUCAUGAUCCCCUCGGUGUCCGAGCUGAUCAACGCCGGGGUCAAGUUUCUCCCGACCUCCGGCGACCUGUCCACCAUCGCGUUCGACGCCAAGACGGCGACCUUCCAGCUGCCCGUGGUGACCCUCGACUCCAACACGGAGGUGGUGCUCCGGAACCUGGUCGCCUACGAGGCGUCGGCGGCGUCGGGCCCGCUGGUGCUGGCGCGGUACACGGAGCUGAUGAACGGCAUCAUCGACACCGACGAGGACGUGGCGCUGCUGCGGCGGCGCGGGGUGGUGCUGAACCGGAUGAAGAGCGACGGCGAGGUGGCGAAGCUGUGGAACGGGAUGACGCGGUCGGUGCGGCUCACCAAGGUGGCGUUCAUGGACAGGACGAUCGAGGAGGUGAACCGCUACUACAACUCGCGGUGGCGGGUGAAGACGAAGCGGUUCAUGCGCAAGUACGUGUUCAGCUCGUGGCAGCUGCUCACCUUCCUCGCCGCCAUCAUGAUGCUGCUGCUCACCACGCUGCAGGCCUUCUGCUCCGUCUACACCUGCUCGAGGUGGUUCGGCGGCGUCACCGUCACCAAGGCAGAGUGA